CACAGUUCAACGUGGGUUGUUGUUAAAACGCAGAGAGUUUGAGAUGAACAGAAUUAAUUCAUUAGUUAGCCAAUAAUAUAUUUAUUAUCUACACAUUCACUUGUCAUUCUACUUGACGGCGCUCGAGUGAAGCUUUGCAAAGAUGGGAGACGAUCCGGACUCUAUUCCAGAGAGAGAGAUGAAGGACUUUCAGUUCCGUCAGAUGAAGAAGAUUCGUGUGUUCGAGUCUUCUGCGGAUCUUCCUAAGGAGCGCUCCAGUCUCCUCGCCAUCUCCAACAAAUAUGGCCUGACUUUUGCUGGCAAAGACGAGAUUCUGAAAGUGUUCUGGACGAGAAAUGUGAUCGCAGCCGGCCGUCUGGAGGGAAACCCCAAUGACACAGUGGAGUGCUCCUGCGCUGUCACGGUGACAGUCGGUGCGGCGAUGCAUCACAUGGCUCUCAGCAGCGAUGAACUCACGCUGUCUGUGUGUGGGACGGGGGACACCGCUGAGCUCACGCUGGAUUUCUACGAUGUCCGCACUUUCCUCAACAAGGACAGACAGGAGAAGCGUCCCUUCACCUCUUUCAAACCCCCGGCUGCUGUAGAUACGCUGGUCCAGGAUCUGAAGUGGAGUCCAGUGGACGCGUCCCGUCUGGCCGUGUGUCUGUCUGAUGGCAGUAUGAUGGUGCUGGAUGUUCAGGACUCUGUCAGUGUGGUCGCUCAGCUUCCUGCCUCUGAGGGAAUCACCUGCGUUUGCUGGAGUCCUAAAGGGAAGCAGGUGUCUGCUGGGAAACAGGAUGCCACAGUGGUUCAGUUCACUCCCACCUUACAGGCCAAGAAAGUGAUCCCCUGUCCCAGCUUCUACAGUCAGGAUCACCCGGUCAAAGUGCUAGAUGUGUUGUGGUUAAGCACGUAUAACUUUGCGGUGGCAUAUGCAGCGGCUGAUGGCUCUUUGGAGACGCCACCGGAGCUGGUGGUCGUGUCAUUGCCCAAAAAGGACGAAAAGAGAGAUGAACGCUAUCUGAACUUCAACGACCUAGUGUACGGCACUUGCACCGAGAGGCAGCAUCACUACUACCUGUGCCAUAUCGAGGACUGGGAUUUGGUUUUGGCUUCAUCAGCCGCUGCCAUUGAAGUCAGCAUCAUCGCGAAACAAGAGGACAAGGUGAACUGGGAGCUGUGGCUGCUGGAAGACGCCAGUCGUGCAGAGCUUCCUGUCACAGAGAACAGUGAGGACACACUUCCUGUCGGUAUGGCCAUCGAUUACACCAGCCAAGAGGACAUACACCUGUCUGAUGAGAAGAGAUUGCCUCCAGCUCCAACGCUGAUGCUGCUGUCUACGGAUGGAGUCCUGUGUCCAUUCUCUCUACUGAACCUCAACCCUGGGGUCAAGCAGCUGACCGUGGCUGCUGUCCCGCUGCCUGAGGACGGAGAGCGACCACCUGCCACCAAGUCAUCGUCGUCCUCUGUUGCUCCCGUCUCUGCAGCAUCCUCCGUCUUCCCAUCUUUCCCAGCAUCUUCUGGCACGGCCCUACCUUCAGCCACCUUAUCCUUCACAGCCUCUGCACCAUCCUCCAUUUUCCCAUCUCUCCCAGCAUCUUCUGGCACUGCCCUGCCUCCAGCUACCUUAUCCUUCACAGCCCCGCCACCAGCAGCCACUGCUGCCACCUCCUUGGCUCCGCCCACCUCCGCGUCCUCCACUGGUUUCUCCUUCUCUCUUCCUGCUCUGGGUUCUACCACAUCCUCAGGCUUCUCAUUGGGCUCUGCCACAGGAGGUUUCUCCUUCAGCGCUCCCAAACCCUCCUCCGAUCCUCCUGCCUUCUCCUUUGCUUCCUCAUUGGUUCCGAAGGAAGUCAGCAGUGCUCCGGUGGCCACACCUCCUCAGCGUCCCCCAGCCGUGUCCCCGAUUGUCACUGGCCCCAAAGCGCCGGCGGAGCCUGCAACGCCUGCCAUCAGGAUGAACCUCACUGAGAGGUUUCUGGGAGUGGACUCUCUGGGGUCAGUCACAUCUGCUGCCCAACCAUUUUCUUUGACCUCCACACCCAAACCGGCACCAGCGGAGGUCAGCGGUCCAACGACAGCCGCACUCAAACCAGCUCCCCCUGCAGUGUUGUCUCGAGCAGCUCAGAGCAGUGCUUCUCCAGCUCAGCCUAAACCAGCCGCCGUCGCUCCAUCUGCACAGGUCGUGUCUGUGAAAGCACUGGAGAAACACCUGCAGCAGAAGAAAGACUCGGACCCCGUCAUGACUGGAAUACUGGAGGAGAUCGGACACUUUGAGAAGGAGCUGGACGAUCUGAAGACUCGCUGCAGAAAUGCUGAUUUUAGGGUGGGCAGCACAGAUGACAUGAGAGACCUGAGGAAGGACUCCGAGAACUUGCACGCCUUCACACUGGAGAUCAAAGACACCACAGAGUCUCUUCACGGGGAUAUCAGUGCACUGAAGACCAGCCUGCUGGAGGGCUUCGCUGGAGCAGAGGAGGCACGAGCACAGAGCGAGCUCAACCGAGACAAAGACUACCUCCAGCUGCUCUACAAGAAACCACUGGACCCUCGGCGUGAAGAACAGCUCAAGGAAAUCCGCCGCUUGUACCAGUAUGUAAAGUUUGCCAUGGAAGACGUGAAUGCCGUUUUGGACGUGGAGUGGGAGAAGCACUUAGAGAAGAAGAAAAAGCAGAGGCACAUGAUCAUCCCGGAGAGAGAGGCUCUGUUUGCAGCAUUGGCCAAUAACCUGGAUAUCAUCAACCAGCAGAAGCAGCGUCUUGACCGACUGGAGAGUGACCUGCACAAUCUGAGGCUCUACAGAGGGAUGUCAGUGCGGAGCUUCACCAGCCAGACACCCUCUACCCCGUCAGGACAGAGUCUUGACAGUGAGCUAGAGAGUUUGAAGGAGGCUCUUCUGAAGGCCAGCCUGGAAACAACACCUAAAGCAAAAUCACCAUCUAAAAUGACACCGGCCAAACAGUCUCAGCUGAGGAAUUUCCUGUCAAAGCGACAGACCCCACCGGUUCGCUCGACAGCUCCAGCCAACCUGUCACGGUCAGCCUUCCUGACUCCUCAGUUCUAUGAGGAUCUGGACGAGGUGAGCUCCAGCUCGUCUCUGUCUCAGCCUCUGGAGCCUGAGGACUCCCUGGCAGUGGCAGAGGAAGAGGACCAGCCGGGGCCCAUCCCCGUGAUGAUGCCCUCCAUCCCAAGACACCCCACUGUGGUCCGUACACCCUCCAUACAGCCGGGCUUCAGUAUGCAGUCCAGUCCGUUCAGCAGAGUCCAGACCGUCCCCAUUCCUGUCUUCAGCCCCGCACCAAAGAUAAACAUGGACAGCGCUGAUAGCACAGCAUUAGCCACAAAAACAGUCAAGCAUGGAGCUCCGCCCACAGAAAAGAUCACACCCACCACAAUCCCCGCCCCCCAGGCUGCAGGAAGAGCCGCCCUCAGCAGACACAUGACAAGCCAGAAACCAGGAGCAUCUCUGACAGAGUCCUCGCUCAAGACAGUUCCUCAGGUGGUGAACGUACAGGAACUGAAGGAUAAAGGUCCGCCUAUACCUGUGUCCACUGUCAUCAGCGCGUCUGUUCCAGCGCCGGCGGCUCAGGUGGUUCAGCAGGUUCUGGCAACAGUGGAGGCCAAUAAAAAUUCCUUUCAAGGUGCUUUAAACGUUUCAGCGCCACUGGCAGGUCCGGCACAGACCACAUCAGGUAGUUUUGUGUUUGGUGGAGCUGCUAAAAUUGACGCAGGAGCAUCUUCAUCCAUCAGUGAGAAGAACUCAAAGGGCUUUUCAUUUACUGCUCCGUCAUCAGGGUUCAGUUUCGCCACUCCAUCACAGGACACCAACAACACUCAAGCAAAGAGUUCUGGCCUACCAGGCAAGUUCUCUUUUGCAAGCAGCACGGGAACAAAUAUGACGUUUGGUCCCAUGGGGUCUGAGGAGCCGUUUUCCUUUACUUCAAAACUGUCAUCUACUGCACAGAGUGUGAGCUCCUCUACACCACCUCCUGAACCAUCUAAACUCCUUCAAGCUCCCAAAGCCCAGGGCAAUGCUGGAGAAACUCUCGGCUCCUUUUCUGGCUUAAGAGUGGGCCAAAGUGAGGAAGGAAAGGAAGCCCUCAAGACCACCUUGGGUUUCACUUUUGGACAACCUGGCAAUGGAUCUACAGGAUUUGCUUUUAGUUCUGCACAAAUCAAGCUUGCAGAAACUGGAAGUUCAUCAGAAUCAACAGCCACUGCAGCAGAGGCUCCCAAGAUGACUACGGCACAAGGAUUUGGCUCCUCUACAUUCACCUUUAAACCACAGGAGGGAACUGCUCCAAGUUUCACCAUUCCCUCGGCAUCUUCCUUUCCACCAGCUGCCACUUCUUUUGGAAGUCUAUUGCGAGCACCUCUAUCGGAGACGCAAACUCUUCCAACAAAGUCCCACCAGCCAGAAACAAAGACUUCAACUGAGCCGGCUCCCUCCACUGAUACUGAAUCUAAGGAACCUCCAGUAGAACCCAGUCCUAAACCACCAACCUUAAGUGCUCCAUCAGCCAUACUGGUCACUGAAGCUGCUUCUCCCACUAGUACUGAGCCCACUACAGAACUUUCCAACAAGCCCCCAACUCCUCCAACUCUCGAGGUCUCUUCCACACCAUCUCCAUCAGUUACCCCACCAUCCGAGACACCGGCACCUGUCUCCGAGCCUCCUGCAGCAGAACCAGUCUUUGAUCCUGCCCCUGAGACUACCAGUACUUUCAUAACCACUCCUGCACCCCAAGAAACACCAGCAACCACCCCAUCCUCAGCUCCAACAUCCGAGAAACCAGGCUCAAUCUUCGCCCCGCCUUCAGGUGGCACAGACAGUCUGACUGUAGGAGCCAUAAAUCCCAUCAAUGUCAUUACUUCAGCAACCUCCUCUGCCCCAUCUGCAGCUACCACCACCACCAGUGUAGCUCCAACCCCUGUCUUCGGACAACCCACUUCUGCUGCCCCGACAACUGUGUUCGGGUCUACUGUCUUUGGUGCCAAUUCUACCACCUCUGGGUUUGGAAUGCCUGCCUUCGGACAGAGUCCCAGUGCAGGUUUCGGCCAGCCUGCGGCCUCUGGUUCUGCUAGCAGCUUUACAUUUGGUCAGCCAGCGUUUAGUGCAAGUUCUGGGUUUGGGCAGCCGACGGCGGCCACCACCACAUCAGCCACAAACAGUGGAGGAGGAGGACUGUUUGGAUCCUCUAGCACAAACAGUGCAAGUUCCUUCUCUUUUGUAGCCAGCGCCACCAGCUCCGCAGCCAGUACUGGUACUGGGCUCUUUGGCCAGAACACUGCUCCUGUUUUUGGACAGUCCAGCCCAGGCUUUGGCCAGGGAUCCUUGUUUGGCAGCAACACUACCACAGCAUCCUCCUCUGGAUUUGGCUUUGGACAACAGCCAGUGUUUGGCAGCAACCCCUCCACCUCAUCAGUUUUUGGACAGCAGGCCAGUGGAGCCGGCGGGUUUGGCCAGGCUCAGUCUGGCGGAGGUCUGUUUGGGUCGAACACUGGAAACACUUCAUCAGGAUCAGGGUUUUUCAGUGGUCUUGGAGGAAAACCCAGUGAAGAUGCUGCAAACAAAAACCCGUUUGGAAUGCCAGCCGCAGGUGGAUUCGGCCAACCCAUCAAUACAGGACCAUCUAACCUGUUUGGGAACAGCGGAGCGAAGGGCUUUAGUUUUGGCAGCAGUUCGUUUGGUGAACAGAAACCCAUCGGAUCAUUCAGCUCCGGCGCGGGGUCCGUAGCCACACAGGGCUUCGGAUCUUUCUCUACACCCACCAAACCAGCUGGUUUUGGAAGUGCGCCAGCCUUCGGCAGUCCUCCAACUUUCGGCGGAUCUCCAGCGUUCGGUGGGUCAGCGGGCUUUGGCUCCGCCCCUUCCUUCAGCAGUCCGCUGGGCUCCUCCUCAGGGAAGGUGUUCGGUGAGGGAACCACAGCCGCCAACGUCGGCGGAUUCGGGUUCGCAUCUCCUCAGAGUGCGCCAUCCUUCGGCUCUCUGGCGGGUUCGAGCACAGCGCCGUCAUUCGGCAGUCUGGUGCAGCAGCAGCAGCAGCCACCAGGCUUCGGGGCUCAGAGCGGUGCUUUCUCCGGCUUCGGCUCGUCUGGAGGUUUUGGAGGUUUUGGAAACACCAGCACCAACCAGCCAUCGUCUCAGACGUUCAGCAGUUGGAGGAGUUGAUCGGCGGAUGCUGAUGUAAUCUGAUCUGGUCUGCAGUUGUUUUAUAGUGUGUGUGCGCAAGAUUGAAUGUGCCGUGAACGCUCGUGUUCUUACCGUGUGCUAAUGUCCUCCUGUUUCAUGUUCAGUGCAGUUUCUCCUGUUUUAACUGCACAAUGAAAAAUAAACAUGUGAUGUUGACCAUACGCCCAGUUUCUGUCCUUUAAUGUCACACUUUAAAUCAC